AAUACAAGCUUACAAAGCUGCACUAAAGGUGAUUGUAUCACGCGAGUAAAUGUUAACAACCACGGAGAGCUGAGAAUGGCAACUCUCUCACAGAGAGUGCUUUGUUGUUCAUCAAGAUAUAAAAGUCUUUCAAGGACAUUUUGUACAUCAGCUCAGCUCUGCAAAAAUCUCAGAUCCGGUAAAAAGCAGUAUCCAAAGAAAGGAGAACACAACUUUACUUAUGAGGAAAUCAACCCUCCUUACACAAUAGGAGUUAGAAAAUCAUGGAACUCAUGGAACACAACUAAUCUUCAUGGAGAGACAGGAGCACCACAGAUAAUAUUCGAAGAUAUUUUCAUCCGGAAAUUCCUCGCAGGAACUUUUCCUUUAGUGUAUGAGCCAGGGACUGAAAUAAUGAUCAGAAGGAGACAAAAUCUUAUUGAUAUUACCAUGGUGACAAAAGAAACAACGAGGAUGG